UACCGUAAACCAUAUUGAUAGGUUACACUGAUUGAGUCCUGGCACGUAAGCUCACGAGGUAUCGCCUGAAUGCAGUUUUUCUUUUCCUACCUGUACGUAUCACUUGUAGAAAAAAAAAAUUCAAUUAAACAUCACCAAGUUGCUCUGGGUGUGAGGAUUAUACAAUGUAAACAAUUAUUAAAUCAUAGAUCACCUACUGUCGAGUAAUUAUUCGGACUAAAUGGCUAUUUACAUGGUCCUAGUUUCACACACAUUUGAAUAUAUGGCUAUUUUUACACUGUCCGCAGUUGUCCUAGUUUCACCGUAUGGUUGAUUUGCAUGUAAAAUCUCGAUCUUUUUGCUAAUAUUUUUUUUCUAGAACACGACUUCACGUAUAUUUUCUUAUGUAUUUCAUUAAGAAGGGUCUUUAUGAUAACAUGGUCAUGGACGUGGCGUCAGGAUAACUACAAGACCUGACGUGGUGCCAAGUUCUAAGAUCAUGCCAACUUGUGGAACUCUAACCGAUGAUAGAGCAUAUUUAAUUUGGAAAUGUAAUAAAAAUUACCGUGCACUUAAGUUUCGUUUUAGUUACCAAAAACACCGUGGAUUGAAGAAGGAUAACGGUUGGAGACGAGUCCCGCUAACUCCACGGAGAAAAACCACCCCCCAAUUCGAGCGCAACCGCAGGCGGCAGCUGUUGAGAAACCAGAGAAACCAAAGGCACGAAGCCACCACAUCGUGUAAACGGCACCUCAACGGAAAGCAGAGGACCCCCGCGACCGCGAUCCAUCUCUCUCGUUUUCCUCUCUCGCCACGGGCACGGGACGGCAUGCAGGCGCAGUGCCCCCGCCCCGAAGACCGCGUCCCAGGAGGCAGCGCGACCGCAGCAGCGCCACCCGUUCAGCCAGCGACCGCGACCAUGUCCACCACCAACGCCCGGACGAAGCGCUCGGCGUCCAUGCCCCUCCACGGCACCGGCGCCAGCGCCAGCGCCGGGGCCGGCAAGGGCAGGGACCCCUCCCCGACGCCGGGGCCCGGCGGGCGCGCGCGGCUCCGCGGCGAGCAGUUGCGCCAGCUCCAGGAGCUCUUCCUCCGCUUCGACCUCGACGGCGACGGGAGCCUCACGAAGCUGGAGCUGGCGGCGCUGCUCCGCUCGCUGGGCCUCCGCCCGGCCGCCGGGGACGAGAUCCACGCGCUCAUCGCCGCCAUGGACGCCGACGGCAACGGCACCGUGGAGUUCGACGAGCUCGCCUCCUCCCUCGCGCCGCUGCUCCUGGGGCCCUGCCGCCCCGCCGUCGCCGUCGACCACGCGCAGCUCGCCGAGGCCUUCCGCGCCUUCGACCGCGACGGCAACGGAUUCAUCUCCGCCGCCGAGCUCGCGCGCUCCAUGGCGCUCAUGGGCCACCCCAUCUGCUACGCCGAGCUCACCGACAUGAUGAAAGAGGCCGACACCGACGGGGACGGCGUCAUCAGCUUCCAGGAGUUCACCGCCAUCAUGGCCAAGUCCGCCGUCGACUUCCUAGGCCUCGCUGCCUUGUGACUUCCCCUCUCUCUCUCUCUCUCUCUCUCUCUCUCUCUCUCUCUCUCUCUCUCUCUCCCACCCAUCGAGGCGAUCCCACCCUUGUCUGUUCGUGCGUUCCUCCCCUGUUCUUCUCCAUUUCGCAAUUGCCAAUGCACAUUCGAAAUGAAUUGGCUGCUGUGUAUGAUCCGUGAUGCUGUAAAUACGUUGUGAUGCCUAGUGAACAUUUGAUUUGAAAUUGCGAUUCACAAAAGGAAGGGUAGAAGAAUUGUGUCACCAAA